CUCAGUAAGAUGUUCUUCCUCUUUCCCGACCCACACUUUAAGAAGACCAAACAUAAAUGGAGGAUCAUCAGUCCUACCUUGUUGGCAGAAUACGCCUACGUACUGAGAGUUGGGGGUUUAGUGUACACCAUAACAGAUGUGGAGGAAGUCCACCUCUGGAUGGUGAAACACUUCGCCGAACAUCCUCUGUUUACACGGGUCACAGAAGAAGAACUGGUGGAUGAUAUUAUUGUAGGUCGUCUGGGGUCGUGUACAGAAGAAGGGAAGAAAGUGCAGAGGAACGGCGGGAAGAAUUUCCUCGCAAUUUUCCGUAGGAUUGAAGAUUCGUGCUAAGACCAAAUGUAAAAGAAAACAUUUUUUUUUUGUUUGUUUUUUGUAUUCAUGAACAAUAUUAUAAAUAGACUUUAAAAAAAUAACUUUUUCAUGCAAUGUGUCCUUCGGUCCUCUGGGGAAAUAUGUGGGACAAAUGUCAUGGUUUUUUUUAAAGAAAGAGUUCAGAUUUGUUAUUUUUAACCACACUGAUGAGCUCAGAACAAAUCUGCAGAUAUAACAAACGUCUUCAAACAACUACAAUGUGAAACGUUUCAUAGCGAGUCCUACGAGAAUUAUUUUAUAAAGUCAAGUUGUCUUCAGUUUUGCAUUGCAACAUAUUUUUUAUAGAAUUCUGCAGCACAAACACUCGCAGCAGCAGUUAGCUGUAGCCUUGCAGCAGGAACAUCUUAAUGUAUCGUUUAGUUUUCACCUAAAUCAGUAUAAAAUAUUUCAACCGGAGUUGUUUUUUUACAGUACUGCAGCUUUGGUCUUGGCUACGCUCGGACUAGCUGUUAGCUCAUCAAUUUGUUUUGACCUAGCCAUUAAACAUGUAGGAUAUAAUAAUUGCUCAUAAAACACCACUUCAAAAGACCUGAACCAUCCUUUUAAUUUCAACUGAUGAGUUUAAGUUUGACUCAACUAAACAGCUAUUGAGACAAGAUGUAAAUGUUUUGUUUAAAUCAUUUAAUUUACUAAACUUUGAAGGCUAGUUUUGUUGCAGGUUUCGUUUUCUAUCUGCAAAAAAACAGAUUCUAACCUUUUUACAUUUACCUUGUUUGUGUUGAAUCACUGUCUGUUUGAUUGGCAGCUCAAUCUGUCAAAUUUAAUAUGAUGAGUAAUUAUCUUUAUCAGGCUAUCUGUGAAGUGUAAAUCACAGUCUGGUUACAGGAGCAGUAGCUCUCAGUGUGUUUAUUUUGGGAUCCUGGCUGUAUAUUAUAGGCUGGUAUUUUUGGUCUGUCAGGAGUUUAGAAACGGGAUGGUGCAAGUCUGAAAGCCCUGCUGCUGCUUCAGGCUGCAGUGGUUGUGAACAGGACAGCACAUGCCUUAACGAUGGAAACCCAGACACUGGAAAAAUUAAGCACAAGAUUUGAAGCACUCAAACUGUAACAAUUCCACAAAUAAAAAAAUAAAUAAAACAGCAAUAAUCCUUUGUUCUUUUGAGAUUAGGACAUUUUGUUGUAUUUAAAAUAUAAACCUAAAAUGUAUCAUGAGCUACUUUUUUUCUCUUUAUAUGUUUCUUGAAGUUGGACAGAAGAUUUGUCGAGACUAGGCUAAUAAACAAAAAACAAAGAUCUAAAAAAAUUAUUCAUAAUGAAAUAUCAUUUAACUUUUCCAUUUAGACAUUUAAUUUAGCGUUUCUUCUUUAGGUUGUAUAAUUGGAGUGUUUGCGCUGGCUAUUUUGAUUUAUGAUUAUGUUGGUUGUUUUUAAUAUGUUUUUAUUUAAUUUUAUUUGACAGUAUUCAUUUUUCAUGUACAUAGUUUUUUUAGGACUAGGCUCUGCUCAGGCAGAGAUUAAUGGGGAUCUUAAAAAAAUUGACAAAAUAAACCAACACGAGCUGGUUUUAUGUAAAUUUUGAAAACCAAAUUAUAUUUAAACGCCUUGCAGCUUUAAAAUCAACAUAAUUGACUGCGUUUUGGUGUUUCUUCUUUGUAUUGCAGCAUUUCCUUAAAGAAUUAGUCUGGUCAUUUUUAAAGUUAGCCUGUGUUUUGUUAGAUUAAUUAAUACAUUAAUGAAGGAAAAGCAGAUUUGUUAUGGCUAGGCUAAUGGCUAAUCAAACUGGUUUUAUUUUGGUUUAUGAGGCAUUUAAAACAGCUCUUUCUUUAAAAAACAUGAUUGUGGAAGAAGACUGGUAGUUAAUAAUAAACCUUAACAAUUUUCA